GUUGACAGCUGUGUGAUAUGUAGGAAGGCAAGGGGGAAAAGAUGCCAACAGAUCAUGGGUGACCUUCCUCAUGAAAGAGCAGGGCCAGCUGCGCCCUUCGAAUUCACAACUUUGGACCUGUUUGGCCCUUACGAAGUGAAGGAUGAGGUGAGGAAAAGAGUACGGCUCAAAGUCUGGGGGAUUGUAUACUGCUGCAUGGCGUCCAGGGCUAUACACACUGACGUUGUGAGUGACCAGUCUGCUGAGAGUUUCCUACUAGCCUACCAGAGAUUCACAGCUCUGAGGGGUCACCCAAGAAAAUUAUGGUCCGACCCAGGUUCAAAUUUCGUUGGAGCUAAGCCUGCUCUCACAGAACUCUACAAGUUCCUAGAUAAGGUACAGAAAUCUGAGCUGGAAGGAGAGGCUGCUAAGCAUGGGACUGAAUGGUAUUGGAAGAUCCACCCUGCAAGUUCCCCCCAUAGGAAUGGUGCAGCAGAGGCUGCUGUUCGUGUAGUAAAGCGGGCCCUUCGCAAUCUGGGAGGUGAUGGUAUUUUCACAUGGGGGGAAUUCCAAACAUUCCUCUACAUGGCAGCCAACUUGGCCAAUGAGAGGCCUAUUGAUGCAAGAACUCAAAGUAGAGAGGACUGCGUUGAAUAUGUCACUCCGAAUUCUCUCUUGUUGGGAAGGUCAGGACCAAGGGGAGACCCAGGUGACUUUGAUUUCGUAGGCUAUCCCUACAAAAGACUAAAAAUCAUUCAAGGAGAAGUAAACAAAUUUUGGAAGGAAUGGAGUCAAUUAGCAGGUCCAAAUUUGUUUAUAAGGAGCAAGUGGCACACAAAGGAACGGAAUGUUGCUAUAGGUGACCAAAACGCAAUAAGAAGUCAGUACAAGUUGGCCAGGGUGGUCAAAGUCAAUGCUGAUCAUAAAGGUGUUGUCAGAGAUGUGGACGUUAGAGUCUUUUCAAGCUACCCCGUCUCAAGUGUGAAACCUAAUCAUGUGAAAAUCUCAGGAAAGAAAAUGAGCAAGAUCCCUGCAACCAUUCUUCAUAGAGAUGUGAGACGGUUAGUCAUCCUGAUUCCUGUAGAAGAACAAUCAGGAGAACAAAGAGAAGAGUGAAUGUGUGAUCUACUUGGGUUUAAAAAACCAGUAGCUCAAGUGGGAGGUGUGAAGCUAAGACGCGAACCGAAACCGUGACUUUAAAUCCGAGGAAUUGGCGAAACUGCGGACCUGAAUUAAUUAGACGGAGAAUACCGAGUGCCGAGAAGGGUCGGAAAACGCCGAGUGACGCGGAAGAAAAACUCGCAUGGCAGGUGCACGCACACGGAUUCAGAAUGCAGUGAAAUUUGGAAAUGCGAUGAGAGGGAAAACGCAUCAGCAAAUGGUCACCUCAGGGACACUGAUGGUUGUCAACCUAAUUCACUCUGCUUGAGCUGAAUUGAACAAUCUCUGUAAGCCUGUACAAACUACCAAAUACAAGAGCUAAAAAGUGAUUUGGAGUUGUUCCCUGUGUCCCCUGUUGUUGAUUAAUGCUCUUUUCGAGUUAGAAGCAGAUACUGAUGUGUAAAAUUCCCACAUAACUCGACACAGUGGUAUAAAGAUAACCUUAAAACAGACCACUCGGAAAUUAGAACGUAAAUGGCAUCAAAACAUCUUGACGGUAUAUCAAAAAGCAUGGAAGGAGAGCCUCCCAAAUAAUUGAAAAUCUCUUAGUGGUGCUGAUCAGCAUAUUUUUCCACCCUCAUAGAAAAUAACCAGCAUAAUAGUAGAUUUUUAUUCAGAACGGUAGCAAAAUUAACAGAAAAUAAAAGCACUGCGCUAACGUGCAAACCAUCAGUAGGUGGUAAUGAUUUCAUGUACUUAAAAAUAAAAAAAAUAAAUCGAGACAAAUAAUAAAAAUCAAACUAUUUUAUAAAUAAUCCUGUAGACAGCAGUUUAAUUAUAACAGACAAUCCAAAGUUUUACUAUUCAAGAGAAUGACUUCAUUUCAUUUAUUUUCUCAUCAAAAUCAUCAACAUGCAUUCUCUAUCCCUUGCCUACAAGUUUCUUCAAACAGAUAAUUCCAGAGGUAAUUUAACCUGUUUUAAAAUUGAUAAACUUCCAUUCAAUUAGCACUGGUUGUGUAGCUAAAUCCUUCAAACUGCCAGUUAUCAACCCCCUAAUUAGGAAACCUGACCUUAACCCUGUCAGCUGUCCAACUACAGACCAAUAUC